AGAGAGGCCUCCCCGGCUUACAAGGCGUCAUCGGGUUUCCGGGAAUGCAAGGACCCGAGGGGCCGCAGGGACCACCAGGACAGAAGGGUGACACUGGAGAGCCAGGCCUGCCUGGGACCAAGGGGACGAGGGGCCCUCCGGGAGCAUCCGGUUACCCUGGAAACCCAGGACUUCCCGGCAUUCCUGGCCAAGACGGUCCGCCAGGUCCCCCGGGCAUUCCAGGAUGCAACGGUACAAAGGGAGAGAGAGGGCCACUCGGGCCUCCCGGCUUGCCCGGAUUCGCUGGAAACCCUGGACCACCGGGGUUGCCAGGAAUGAAGGGGGAUCCGGGUGAGAUACUUGGCCACGUGCCUGGGACCCUGCUGAAAGGUGAAAGAGGAUUUCCAGGACCCCCAGGGAUGAUAGGUUCACCAGGAUUGCCAGGGCUUCAAGGUCCCGUUGGCCCUCCGGGAUUCACUGGACCACCGGGCCCUCCAGGCCCUCCCGGCCCGCCAGGUGAAAAGGGGCAAAUGGGCUUAAGCUUUCAAGGACCAAAAGGUGACAAGGGUGAUCAGGGGGUCAGUGGGCCUCCAGGAGUCCCAGGACAAGCUCAGGUUCAAGAAAAAGGAGACUUUGCCACCAAGGGAGAAAAGGGUCAAAAAGGUGAACCUGGCUUUCAAGGAAUGCCAGGGGGUGGAGAGAAAGGUGAACCUGGAAAGCCAGGGCCCCGAGGAAAACCUGGAAAAGAUGGAGAAAAGGGAGAAAAAGGGAGUCCGGGUUUUCCUGGAGAUUCCGGAUACCCGGGACUCCCUGGCCGGCAGGGUCCUCAGGGAGUAAAAGGGGAAGCUGGUCUCCCGGGCCCACCUGGAAUUGUCAUCGGCACCGGACCUCUGGGAGAAAAAGGGGAGCGGGGCUACCCUGGAACCCCGGGGCCCAGAGGAGAGCCAGGCCCGAAAGGUUUCCCAGGAAUACAAGGCCAACCAGGCCCUCCAGGGUUCCCUGUGCCUGGACAGGCUGGUGCUCCCGGCUUCCCUGGGCAAAGAGGAGAGAAGGGUGACCAGGGAUUCCCAGGAGUUUCUUUGCCAGGACCAAGUGGAAGAGAUGGGCCCCCCGGCCCUCCUGGCCUCCCCGGCCCCCCUGGACAACCAGGCCACACGAAUGGUAUUGUGGAAUGUCAGCCUGGACCCCCAGGUGACCAGGGUCCUCCUGGAAGUCCCGGGCAGCCUGGAUUGACGGGCGAAAUUGGAGAGAAAGGUCAGAAAGGAGACAGUUGCCUCAUCUGUGACACAGCAGGGCUUCGUGGGCCUCCUGGGCCACAGGGACCCCCCGGAGAAGUAGGUUUCCCAGGACAACCAGGGGCCAAGGGCGACCGAGGUUUGCCUGGCCGGGACGGCCUAGAAGGAUUGCCUGGACCACAAGGCACGCCAGGGCUGAUGGGCCAGCCGGGAGCCAAGGGAGAGCCUGGCGAGAUUUAUUUCGACAUGCGGCUCAAAGGCGACAAAGGAGACCCAGGUUUUCCAGGAUCUCCUGGCAUGCCGGGGAGAGCGGGGUCUCCUGGAAGAGACGGCCAUCCAGGUCUUCCUGGCCCCAAAGGCUCGCCGGGCUCCGUAGGCUUAAAAGGAGAACGUGGCCCCCCCGGGGGAGUCGGAUUCCCCGGCAGCCGUGGCGACAUCGGCCCCCCGGGUCCAGCUGGAUUUGGUCUGAUUGGCCCCAUUGGGGACAAGGGUCAAGCAGGCUUUCCUGGAAGCCCCGGGUCCCCAGGCCAGCCAGGCCUCAAGGGAGAAGCAGGAAAAGUCGUUCCCUUACCGGGCCCCCCUGGAGCAGAAGGACUUCCAGGGUCCCCAGGUUUCCAAGGGCCCCAAGGUGACCGGGGCUUCCCUGGAACUCCGGGACGACCAGGCAUCCCGGGAGAGAAGGGCGCCAUGGGCCAGCCGGGGAUUGGAUUUCCGGGGCCUCCUGGCCCCAAGGGUGUUGACGGCUUACCUGGAGAGGUGGGAGCACCCGGCAGUCCAGGCCGCCCGGGGUUCAGCGGCUUACCUGGCAGUCCAGGGCCGCAGGGCCAGAAGGGAGAACCUGGUAUUGGUCUUCCGGGACUCAAAGGACUGCCGGGACUUCCGGGGAUCCCUGGCACGCCUGGGGAGAAGGGGAGCAUUGGAGGACCAGGCGUUCCCGGAGAACACGGAGCUAUCGGCCCCCCAGGGCUUCAGGGAAUCAGAGGUGACCCCGGAUCCCCUGGUUUGCCAGGCCCUGCGGGGGCCCCAGGAGCUCCAGGAAUAGGCCCGCCCGGAGCCAGGGGUCCUCCUGGAGGACAGGGACCACCAGGGUCAUCAGGCCCUCCUGGACUAAAAGGAGAGAAAGGUUUCCCCGGAUUCCCAGGAUUGGACAUGCCAGGCCCCAAGGGAGAUAAAGGCUCUCAAGGACUUCCUGGCCUGACAGGACAGUCAGGGCUCCCUGGACUUCCAGGACAGCAGGGAUCGCCUGGCAUUCCGGGGUUUCCAGGUUCCAAAGGAGAGAUGGGUGUCAUGGGGACCCCCGGGCAGCCGGGUGCACCAGGCCCAGCAGGGGCUCCAGGAUUACCCGGCGAAAAAGGGGACCACGGAUUUCCGGGCUCCUCGGGACCCAGGGGAGACCCUGGCUUCAAAGGGGAGAAGGGAGACGUCGGUCUCCCUGGCAAGCCUGGGUCCAUGGAUAAGGUGGACAUGGGCAGCAUGAAGGGGCAGAAGGGAGACCAAGGCGAGAAAGGACAAAUUGGACCAGUUGGUGAUAAAGGAUCCCGCGGAGACCCUGGGACCCCAGGAGUGCCUGGAAAGGAUGGACAAGCAGGGCAUCCUGGCCAGCCAGGACCCAAAGGUGACCCAGGUAUAGGUGGAACCCCAGGUGCCCCAGGACUCCCUGGACCAAAAGGAUCUGUCGGUGGAAUGGGCUUGCCAGGAACACCUGGAGAGAAAGGUGUGCCUGGCAUCCCCGGCCAGCAGGGCAUCCCUGGUUUACCCGGAGAGAAAGGCACAAAGGGAGACAAGGGACAGGCGGGUCCACCUGGCAUCGGCAUCCCCGGGCUGCCUGGUGAAAAGGGAGAUCAAGGGGUGGCGGGCUUCCCAGGAAGUCCUGGAGAGAAGGGAGAAAAGGGAACCACUGGGAUUCCUGGAAUGCCUGGGUCUCCGGGCCCGAAGGGGUCCCCCGGGAGUGUCGGCUAUCCAGGAAGCCCUGGGCAGCCUGGAGAAAAAGGAGACAAAGGCCUCCCAGGAUUGGAUGGCAUCCCUGGGGUCAAAGGAGAAGCAGGUCUUCCCGGGACGCCUGGCUCCACAGGCCCGGCUGGCCAGAAAGGAGAGCCGGGCAGUGAUGGAAUCCCGGGGUCGGCAGGCGAGAAGGGUGAACCAGGUUUGCCAGGAAGAGGAUUCCCAGGAUUUCCAGGGGCCAAAGGAGACAAAGGUUCAAAGGGUGACGUGGGUUUCCCAGGAUUGGCGGGGAGCCCAGGCAUUCCUGGACCCAAAGGCGAGCAAGGACUCGUGGGUCCUCCGGGACCCCAAGGACAGCCGGGAUUACCUGGGUCUCCAGGUCACCCUGUGGAGGGGCCCAAAGGAGACCGGGGACCCCAGGGCCAGCCAGGCCUGCCAGGACUUCCGGGACCCAUGGGGCCUCCAGGGCUCCCCGGACUUGAUGGACUGAAGGGUGACCAAGGACAUCCUGGCUGGCCGGGAAUCCCGGGUGCGCCAGGGCCCAAGGGAGACCCAGGAUUCCAAGGCAUGCCUGGCAUCGGUGGCUCUCCAGGAAUCACGGGAUCUAAGGGAGAUAUGGGACUGCCAGGUGUUCCAGGCUUCCAAGGUCAGAAAGGUCUUCCCGGCCUCCAGGGAGUUAAAGGAGACCAAGGAGAUCAAGGUUUUCCUGGACCUCAAGGUCUCCCAGGUCCCCCAGGCCCUCCAGGUCCUUACGACAUGAUCAAAGGGGAGCCUGGGCUCCCUGGUCCUGAGGGUCCCCCAGGUCUGAAGGGGCUUCAGGGACCUCCAGGCCCAAAAGGACAGCAAGGUGUGACGGGAUCGGUGGGCUUACCUGGACCUCCGGGUAGUCCCGGGUUUGACGGUGCUCCCGGCCAGAAAGGAGAGACCGGACCCUUCGGGCCUCCUGGCCCAAGAGGGUUUCCCGGUCCACCAGGCCCAGAUGGGUUGCCAGGUUCCAUGGGGCCUCCAGGAACCCCGUCUGUCGAUCACGGCUUCCUGGUGACCAGGCACAGUCAGACAAUAGACGACCCUCAGUGUCCUCCUGGGACCAAGAUUCUUUACCACGGGUACUCUCUGCUCUACGUGCAAGGCAAUGAGAGGGCCCACGGCCAGGACUUGGGCACCGCCGGGAGCUGCCUGCGAAAGUUCAGCACCAUGCCCUUCCUUUUCUGCAACAUCAACAACGUGUGCAACUUCGCGUCCCGGAACGACUACUCCUACUGGCUGUCCACCCCGGAGCCCAUGCCCAUGUCCAUGGCGCCCAUCACCGGGGACAACAUCAGGCCAUUUAUCAGCAGGUGUGCCGUGUGCGAGGCGCCCGCCAUGGUCAUGGCCGUGCACAGUCAGACCAUCCAGAUCCCGCAGUGCCCCAGCGGGUGGACGUCGCUGUGGAUUGGCUACUCCUUUGUGAUGCACACCAGCGCUGGUGCAGAAGGCUCCGGCCAAGCCCUGGCAUCCCCCGGGUCCUGUCUGGAGGAGUUCAGGAGCGCGCCCUUCAUCGAGUGCCACGGCCGUGGGACCUGCAACUACUAUGCAAAUGCUUACAGCUUCUGGCUUGCCACCAUAGAGAGAAGUGAGAUGUUCAAGAAGCCCACGCCGUCCACCUUGAAGGCAGGGGAGCUGCGUACGCACGUCAGCCGCUGCCAAGUGUGCAUGAGAAGAACAUAAUGAAACCCGACUCAGCUGACGUCACAACAUGGUGCUACUCCUCCUCCCUUCUUCCUCUUCUUCUUCUUUGUUUAACAGCAACGAACCCUAGAAAUGUAUCCUGUGUACCUCACUGUCCAGUAUGAAAACCAUAAAGUGCCUUAUACGAAUGUGCGUAACUAACACUCCCUGCUUCAUUGGCCUCUGUUUGCUGAAGGAGAAAAAAGAGACAACGAUAAGCUUUCGAUAGUGGCAUACCGAGUGGCACUUUGGAUGAAAUAAAAUACCAGUCUCUUCUGCAAUCCAAUGCACUGAUGCGUGAAGUGAGCACGCCAUCAGAACCAACCAAAGGGUGCUAGGAGGUGUGGUGCCUUCCGUAACUGUUUGCCCAUUUGCAUUCUGUAUUAUAACUGAUUUUCCACCCCCAGAGAUAAGUGUCUGUUGAUAUCACUGCCUAGAUGUUUCAGAAUUCAGGUCCCUUGGUCUGUACAAAUGAGAGUGAUGUAAAAAUGGGUUUUUUUUUUUUCUUUUGGAACCUCCAAACGGAAUUUCGGACUCAGUCAGUCAUAUCCUCCGAUCCCCAAAUUUAUGUCUUUCUGCUCUGUGUGGUACUAUGCAGCUGCUUUUGCAGAAAUCAUGACUCUCCUGUGGAAUAAAGAUGGUCCAAAAGUAGUUGGAAAUUAAAUAUAUAUAUAUUUUAGUAAUUUAUAUAGAUGUCAGCAAUUAGGCAGAUCAAGGUUUAGUUCAACUCCCACUGUUAAAAUGAAGCUUCCAUCGUUCUUCUUCCUUGAAAAGACUGUGCUGUCCUUUGACAUAGGUUUUCAGACACGAGGCUGUUGAAUGUGAAACAUCAGUUCUCAUUGUUCACUUCUAAACCAAAAAUCACAUGUUGCCAAAAACCGAACCCAGGUUCACGAAUAUGGUGUCUAUUACAGUGAAACAUGUACUUUGAGCUUGUUGUUUUUAUUCUGUAUUAAAUGUGUUCAGGGUUUUAAACACUAAUCGCAGACUGAAUGACUUGACUUCAGAGAACAAACCUGAAAGGCCUUCCUUUCACCUAGUGUUCCUCAUUCUGCAUCCCGGCUUGAAAGACAGCUCUGUCGAAUCCAAAGAUCAGUAUUUUUACACGUAAGCCCGUUCAGGCCGCCUCCUGGGGUUCUCACGAGCUGAGCUCACAGACUACAGCAGGGGAACGGACGGAUCGCAGGGGGUCUGUCUCCACCACUGUGCCUGAAUGACCUUUCACUCAAAGUCUCCCCAAAACGGUUUUAAGACUACUAAGGCCUUUUGUGUAAUUUCUUUAAAUGUGUAUUUCUGAAGAACUCAAAUUUGUAAUAAAACUAUUUGUAUAAAAAUUAAGCUUUUAUUAAUUUGUUGCUAGGAUUGCCACAGAAGCAUUAAAAGAACGUUCUUGCACAAGCUGCUAAUAAAUUUGUAAGCUUUGCAUUACCUUA